AUAACCACCACCAUUGUAACAAAUCGCUUUGUAUUCCUGGAACCCUAGAAAUCUCUCUCUCGCGCUCGGUCUCUCUCUCUCUCUGUAUCAUGGCGUCCUUAGAACUGACGGAGUAUGAGCGAAAGAGGCUUGAGAACAUUCGUCGGAACGAAGAAAUGAUGAAUGCCUUCAAGAUUAACUCCAAAGCUGCAGAACUCUCUGCCGCAACCAAACGUCAAAGAAUGGGAUCCAAAUCUUACAAAGUGAGUCCGGAGAAGAAACCUAAAACCGGGAGCCCUGUCAUAAUCAGACGAUCCUUACGUACCCGAGGAAUCCCACCUGAUGCGAAGGGUCUUGGUGAAGGUUUUGUUGAGCCUCCAAAUGGGGGAAUCCCACCUGAUGCGAAGGGUCUUGGUGAUGGUUUUGUUGAGCCUUCAAAUGGAACUCCGAAGCCCAAACGUCUUUAUAGGCCAUCACCGUGUGUUCUUGGUCCUAUUAGUAUGAGUGAUGCGUUUCGGGGAAAGGGGACUGAUAGGGUACUGAUUGAUUUGGUUUUAGAUGUUGCGAAGAGGCAACAAUUGAGUGUUCAACAUAAGGCAGAAGAUCAUGUCCUUGGUAAGGGUGAGGCUGUGGAAGACGAGAAAGACUUGUUGAAGUUUGCUUCCGUAAAAGGAGAGGUUGAUAGAGAUAAGGUUAUGGAAGAUGAGAAAGACAUGUUGGAGAGUGCUUCAAUUAAAGAGGAAUUUGAUAUAGAUAACAGUCUGAUGCAUGAGAAAUAUUUAGUUAAGGGUGGGUGUAAGAGUGAACCAUUGGAUUGGCCGGUGAAGGUAGAGAAGUGUGAAAUUGAGAGUGGGCUUGAUCUAGGAUCACUGGUCUUAAAACCAGAGAAUGUAGCCAGAGUAGUACCAGGGAGGAUAAUGCUGGUGCGGUUUUUUCCUUGUAAUGACGCGAGGAUGAUAGUAACUGGGAAUAAAUUCGGCAAUGUUGGAUUUUGGAAUGUGGAUUCUCAGCGUAAGAAUGCAAUAUACUUAUACCAUCCGCACACAGGUCCCAUUUCAGGGAUUGCUUUCCGACAGUCUUGCUUAUCAAAGAUCGUUACCAGCUGCUAUGAUGGCUUUGUCCGGUUGAUGGAUGCUGAGAAGGAAGUGUUUGAUUUAAUAUAUUCCAGUGAUGAUGGUAUUUUUUCUCUCUCUCAACGGCCAAAUGAUCUAACUAGCUUAUAUCUCGGUAAGGGUCGUGGAGGAUUGAGUGUCUGGGAUGAGAGGAUAGGAAAGCCCUCAUCUGAAUGGAUUUUGCAUGAAAAUAGGAUAAACACUAUUGAUUUUAACUCACAGAACCCCAACAUCGUGGCCACUGGUUCUACUGAUGGGAUGGCUUGUAUCUGGGAUUUGAGAAGUCUUAAUGCACAUAAUCCCAGAGCUGUGAAAAUGGAGAGCCAUAAAAGGUCAGUGCAUUCUGCUUACUUCUCACCCUCUGGAAGCUCACUUGCAACAACAAGUAUUGAUGACACAGUCAGUAUACUUGGAGGACCUAAUUUUGAGGACACUUCUAGGAUUUACCAUAAUAAUCAAACAGGCAGAUGGAUAUCUACUUUCAGGGGCAUUUGGGGUUGGGAUGACUCUUAUAUAUUCAUCGGCAAUAUGAAACGAGGCAUUGAUGUUAUUUCUCCGGUUGAAAGAAGAGUCGUUAAAACUUUGCAGAGCCCCCACAUGACUGCUAUACCAUGUAGAUUUGAUGCACACCCAUACCAGGUUGGGACCCUAGCAGGAGCCACCGCAGGGGGCCAGGUUUACCUGUGGACCUCUGUAUAGCAAGCAAGGUUCAAUUGCUAAUUUGCUAUUUUGUGCAUCCACUCGUUAUUGAGCUUGUUUAUUAUCAACCUCUGUAAUAUAUGUUGUAGCAAUGAGCAAGUGCCAAGACCAGCGUUUAGUGUGAAAA